ACGCCGUCGUUCUCACUCUUUGACUUUAAGUUUCUGUCCGACUCCGACGGCGGCAGAAACUUGUCGCAGAAGCGAUUCGCCGACUGAUUCCAAGACGAAUCCAAAAAUGGAGAGCCGUGAAGAUCUCAACUCCAUCCUCCCCUACCUCCCGCUUCUCAUCCGUUCAUCCUCUCUCUAUUGGCCACCGCGCGUGGUGGAAGCCCUUAAAGCCAUGUCCGAAGGCCCAACUCAUUCCCGAGUUGACUCGGGAGAAGUUCUAUGGCAAGCUAUUUCCGAUAUGAGGCGAUCACUUUCCCUAUCAGCUCGCCUUCUCUCCCCCUCUGCUCCUCAAGGCUACGCCCUCCUCUUCGACGAACUGAUUCAUGGGAGAGAUUCGAAGAGAUGGUUCGAUGAGAUUAUACCGGCGUUGGCGAGGUUGCUCCUUCAGCUUCCGUCUCUGUUGGAAAUGCAUUUUCAGAAUGCUGAUGGUGCUGUUAGUGGAGUCGAGACGGGUUUGCGGUUGUUAGAGCCCCAACAAGCUGGCGUAGUUUUCCUCAGACAGGAGUUAAUUGGAGCGCUUCUUGCCUGCGCUUUCUUUUGUUUGUUUCCAGUUUCUAAUAGAGGUGCAAAAGACCUUUCAGUCAUCAACUUCGAUAAUUUGUUUGCGAGCCUUUAUGAAAGUUACAGUGAAAGUCAUGAAAGCAAGAUACGGUGUAUUAUGAAUUACUUCGAAAGGGUGUGCUCCUGCAUGCCUACUGGGACUGUUUCAUUUGAACGCAAGAUUCUUCCAGCUGAAUACCACAAUUCUUCUACCACUGCUCCUGAUGCUGAUUUUUGGAGCAAGUCUGACAUCUCCCUUUGUGCUUUUAAGGUUCACUCUUCUGGGCUAAUAGAAGAUCAAUCUGACAAUGCUCUGGAAGUGGACUUUGCAAACAAGUAUCUUGGAGGUGGUUCCCUGAAUAGGGGGUGCGUACAGGAGGAGAUACGCUUCAUGAUCAACCCUGAAUUAAUCGCUGGCAUGCUUUUCUUGCCUCGCAUGGAUGACAAUGAGGCUAUAGAAAUAGUUGGUGCAGAAAGAUUUUCAUGUUACACAGGGUAUGCAUCUUCGUUUCGGUUUGCUGGUGACUACAUUGACAAGAAGACAGUGGAUGCUUUCGAAAGGCGAAGAACCAGAAUUGUUGCAAUAGAUGCCUUAUGUGCCCCGAAGAUGAGACACUUUAAAGAUGUGUGCCUUUUGCGGGAGAUUAACAAGGCUCUAUGUGGCUUUUUAAUUCAAAGAAAAUCUUGGCAGCACCAGAAUAAAGGAGACAAUGAUAUUCAGCUUGCCAGUAACGACAAAUAUUCUGGUCUCUUGCAUACAGAAACCUCAACGUCUCAUGGAGCUGCAUUGGAUGAUGCCGAGACAAAUAGAGAAAAACAAGCUAGCAAUUUUGUCAGAGAUGUGGAAGGAUCCGAUUGCAUGAAUCAUGAAGAUGUUGGUGUGGCGACUGGUAAUUGGGGGUGUGGUGUUUUUGGAGGAGACCCAGAACUAAAGGCUAUGAUCCAAUGGCUUGCUGCUUCCCAGGCGCGGAGACCAUUUAUAUCAUACUACACCUUUGGAGCACAGGCCCUUGAAAACCUAGAUCAGGGCAGGUGACCAAGUGGAUUCUAUCCCAUGAUUGGACCGUUGGAGAUCUCUGGAACAUGAUGCUAGAAUAUUCUGCUCAAAGGCUGUACAAGCAAACAAAUCUUGGCUUCUUCUCUUGGCUACUUCCAUCUCUACCUACCAACAAUGAGGCCAUCUCGCCGUCUUGACUCUCUGCAAAUUUGCCUUGAUCAAGUCGAUUGCCGCAUUUCAAACUGUACCUAUGCGUUUUCCCACACAGAUAUGUAAAAGUGAUUAUUUUCAACUAAGUUGUAUUAUCACUACUAGAGUACUAGUCCUUGAUCAUCAAGCAUCAUUUAUUAGGUGCACUAGUCAUGCUGCUGUAUGGUGGUACUGGUCAAUUGUUUGAAUAACUCUUAAUAUUUGAAUGAAACAACUUCUUUUGUCUUGU